AGAGAAAACCCAAAUAGAGAAUCGAAAAUUACAGAGAAGAAAACCCAAAAGGCGGAAAAAGAAAUGCGUUCUUUGGAGGAUGAGUUCUUCCCAUCAACUCCUGGUAAGGUGAAGAUCGAAAGAGCCCACACAAUCAAUCGCCAGUUCCAUCGAUGUUUCGCUUCAACAAGUAUUAUGUUCCUCUGGGCUCUCUUCUUAAUCGCUCUCACCGCUUCUUAUCUCAGUUUCCAAAGCUUUGUCGAUUCAGGUAGUCGUUAUUUUGCUGCUUCUUGGGGUGGAAUCCAAUGGGAGAAACAAGUCAGAACCUCCGCUCAGAUCCGUAGGUCCGGUGGUAUGGCGGUGUUAGUAACCGGCGCCGCCGGUUUCGUCGGAACUCACGUUUCUCUUGCUCUUAAGAAACGCGGUGAUGGCGUUGUGGGUCUCGAUAAUUUCAACAACUAUUAUGACCCAUCACUGAAAAAAGCUCGAAAAGCUCUUCUGAACAGCCAUGGCGUCUUCAUCGUUGAAGGAGAUAUCAACGAUGCUCGUCUUCUCGCAAAGCUCUUCGAUGUCGUUGCCUUUACUCAUGUUAUGCAUCUCGCUGCUCAAGCUGGUGUAAGGUACGCAAUGGAGAAUCCUGGUUCUUACAUUCACAGCAACGUUGCAGGUCUUGUAACACUAUUAGAAACCUGCAAAUCUGCAAACCCUCAACCUGCCAUGGUUUGGGCUUCUUCGAGUUCUGUUUAUGGACUCAACGAGAAGGUACCUUUCUCCGAGUCAGACCGGACGGAUCAACCGGCGAGUCUCUACGCUGCAACAAAGAAAGCCGGUGAAGAAAUUACCCACACAUACAACCACAUUUACGGUUUAUCUAUAACCGGUCUAAGAUUCUUCACGGUUUACGGUCCAUGGGGUCGACCGGAUAUGGCUUACUUCUCUUUCACCCGAAACAUACUUCAAGGGAAACCGAUCACUGUUUAUCGAGGUAAGAACCGGGUUGAUCUAGCGAGAGAUUUCACGUAUAUCGAUGAUAUCGUGAAAGGAUGUUUAGGAUCGUUGGAUACGGCGGGAAAGAGUACGGGUAGUGGAGGAAAGAAACGUGGACCGGCACCGUAUCGGAUCUUCAAUCUUGGGAAUACUUCGCCGGUAACGGUACCGACACUUGUUGGGAUACUUGAAAGGCAUUUGAAGAUGAAAGCGAAAAAGAAUAUUAUUGAUAUGCCAGGUAACGGAGAUGUGCCGUUUACGCAUGCUAACAUAAGCCAGGCGCGUAAUGAGUUCGGUUAUAAACCUACCACAGAUUUACAGACUGGAUUGAAGAAAUUCGUUAGAUGGUAUCUCUCUUACUAUGGUUACAAUCACGGUAAAUCUGUAAAUUGACCUUUUUAUCCUUUCCCCUUUUUUUUGGGGAAUUCAUAUAUUUUUUUU